UUGAACCCCUGUCUACAGUGUCGAAGGCAAAGGUGUUAACCUCUACACUAACCAACCACACGUUAGCUACCCAUUAUCAUGCAAUACCAUUUACAAGUAACCUGCACUACUUAAGUCCACUUACAUAGCAAAUUCAUUCAUUCAGUCAGUUAAAAUAGUUCCAUUUAAAUUUCAAGACUAAGUUAGCUAGCUAAUUUACAAAAAAGCUAGAUACUUGCCUAGAUUGUUUUCUCUUCACAAUGAAUAUGUAAUGAGGGAAUUGAGCAUGAACCCCAGUCGAAUUGCCUGUGAGCACACCAGAAGUACUAUAAAUAUGAAAGUGUCAGUUGUCUACAUAAAGUUUAUCAUGAAAAUAUGAGUAUAAUGUUCUGCACCAUUCCAGAUCAUUUUUCCCAGUAGCCUUUGGAUUCCUUGGAACAGUCUUCAAUAUGCCCUUCCUCAGUACUUUAUUCAGCUUUUCAGGAAGUAGUUCGUCAGUGGUGUGAGGGGGUUGCAAUGGCAGAGGAACUAAAAGGCUGGAUAACAGUGUAGAUCUUGAGACUGUGGCCAAUUUGGGGGAACAACACACCAAGAAUGAAACCUUGGCAAAAAAGCAAAACCAAAAAUCCACCAGUCAUCAAAGUUUGCAUGUUUUUUUUUGCUGUAUGACAUGGACUGUAUUUUAAGAAUUUUUCCGUUGAUAUUUGUACCAUUUUAAAUAAAUCCACUGUUAUACUGAAAUGCUCUACUCAUUUUAAUAAGCUGGAAUAAUUAAAUGGAUUCAUCUACUGUAUCUCUAUUAUACUUCAAUUUAAGGUAGGCAAUCAAAAAAGAAUGAAACCAAGAUGAUUCACAGACUCUUCACCAUUUUCUUCUCAAGAUGUGGCCCAAAUUAAAUGUGUUGCACAUAGUUGCUAAAGCUUGUUGACCUACUGUCAUGUCCUCCAUCUGCAUUUUGGAUGAAAGCUUGUGCUCAUUCAUAUGUGUUCCUGUUUUCUUUGCCCUAUUAAAACUUGAAAAUAGAAUCUAAUUUAAUUUUGUCAUUGGACCUUAUCAGUAAUAGAUGACAAAAUUCCACAAAGGUCUUCCGAUGAAGCCAGUGGGUAUUGAGAUGGGGUCAGAUCAGAGGAGAGAGACAGGGGUGAGGUUUUGCCAUGGCCUGCUGAGAAGCCCAUGACGCAGGAUGUUUUGGAGUAUAAAAAGGGGAUAGAGACAGCCAAGGUACCUUACCCCAUACCUGGACCUGACGAAAUACACAGUAUCGAGCAUAACCUUUUGGUUUCAGAGGAACACUCGAAGAGCAGAUUAGCCACAGGAGGAAAGAUUCCGAUAUUUCUCUUCAGUGCACUGGGGAUAUUACUGGAAAUGCUACUGUUUACUAUGAUGCUUAUGGUAUCAGUUACAUUUGGUGAGACCUACCCCACUGGGCCUCUAAUAUUCGGUGCUGAAGGUGAAACACCUGAGGAGACAGUGUUCCAAGUUCUGCAGAGAUUAGAUCUUCUACCCACUUCUGGACCCCCAUUGUCCAAACCUUCAGUCUACUUCCCCACAGAUGUAGCCAACGCACCCCUGAGUUCAGGCUUUCCCAGGAAUGCAUGGUGGUGGCACCCAGAAAUACUUCAUCCUGAGAUGAGGAAGAGACAUAAUCUUGCAUCCUACAACCUGAAUUCAUUUGGCCUUCGCUAUGGGAAGUGAGAGCCUUGCUCUUCAAAAGGCAUUGUGUACACACAACAAUUCUGUAUUAAUCAACUAUUUAAUAAAAAUCACUU